GCGGCCGCGGUGGCGCUGCGGGGCGGAGGCGCGGGAGGCUCGGGCAGUCCCGGGAAGGGGUCGGACGGCCUCGGGGACUGGAGCGGCCGCGCCCACGGGCUCUGAUGGGGUAACCAUUCAGUUAACAAAGCUGAGGAGAGGACUUUGACGCUGUAGCAUGGACCAGCGAGAAUUGCCUCCUCCGGCACCAGAAGAAAAUGGAGUAAAAUAUGAUACUAAUAAUAAUGAAGAAGAGGAGGGAGAACAAUUCGAGUUUGACAGUGGAGAUGAAAUUCCAGAAGCAGAUAGACAAGCACCAUCUGACCCCACUGCUAGUAAUGCUGUAGCGAAUGAAGAAGCUUCCAACACAGCAGGAGAAAAUGGACCUGGGACAGAAACAAUGGUAUCAGUAGAGCCUGCUAAAAUUAUGGCGCCAACUAAAGUCAAUCCAUAUUCAGUCAUCGACAUCACACCGUUCCAGGAAGAUCAGGCCCCAGCUCCAGAAGCCAGUACCGAGGAGGACAGCUUGAGCCUGCAUGUGCCCAGCGGGUACUCUGUUCCCGUGCCCUGCGGCUACGCGGUCCCUUCAAGCCUGCCUUUGCUACUGCCCGCUUACUCCAGCCCUGUCAUCAUUCGCACUGUUUCUGUGGAUGAGGAAGAAACGCAGGAAGUAGCUGAAGAUAGCCACUUUAAUUCUUUAAGUUCUGAGGAUCCGCCAAACAGUGAAGAUCAAGUCGAUAAAGAAGACAGCGCCCUGGCCCGAUGGGCUGCAGAUCCUGCCAAUACAGCCUGGAUGGAAAACCCAGAAGAAGCAAUUUAUGAUGACGUUCCAAGAGAAAAUUCAGACUCAGAACCAGAUGAAAUGAUUUAUGAUGACGUUGAAAAUGGGGAUGAAGGUGGAAACAGCUCAUUGGAAUAUGGAUGGAGCUCAAGUGAAUUUGAAAGUUACGAAGAGCAAAGUGACUCAGAGUGCAAAAAUGGAACUCCUAGGUCCUUCUUGCGUAGCAACCACAAAAAGCAAAUGCAGAGACUCAUGAAAGCUGCAAAGGAGGGAACCAAAGAUGGCCUGGAAAAGACAAAAGCUGCAGUGAAGAGAGGCCGCUCGUUCAUUAGAACCAAGUCUUUUAUUUCUCAAGAUCACAGAUCUUGUCUUGAAGAAGAGCAAAGCUUAUUUAUCGAUUUUGACUGCAAGCACCCGGAAGCCGUCAUGACCCCGAUGCCCGAAGGUUUAUCUCAGCAGCAGGUUGUAAGGAGAUACAUUCUGGGUUCAGUUGUCGACAGUGAGAAGAACUACGUAGAUGCUCUUAAGAGGAUUUUGGAGCAAUAUGAGAAACCACUGUCUGAGAUGGAGCCAAAGAUUCUGAGUGAAAGGAAGCUAAAGAUGGUGUUUUAUCGAAUUAAAGAAAUCCUGCAGUGCCAUUCCAUGUUCCAGAUAGCCCUGGCCAGCCGAGUAUCUGAGUGGGAUUCUGUUGAAAUGAUUGGUGAUGUCUUCGUUGCUUCGUUUUCUAAAUCCAUGGUACUGGAUGCUUAUAGUGAAUACGUGAACAAUUUUAGCACAGCCGUGGCAGUCCUCAAGAAAACAUGUGCUACCAAGCCGGCUUUUCUUGAAUUUUUAAAGCAGUGCCAGGAGUCAAGUCCAGACCGUAUCACACUCUAUAGUCUGAUGAUGAAACCAAUACAGAGAUUUCCACAGUUCAUCCUCCUCCUCCAGGAUAUGUUGAAGAACACGUCCAAAGGACAUCCUGACAGGCUUCCUCUUCAGAUGGCGCUCACAGAGCUCGAAACAUUAGCAGAGAAAUUAAAUGAAAGGAAAAGAGAUGCUGAUCAACGCUGUGAAAUUAAACAAAUAGCAAAAGCCAUAAAUGAAAGAUACCUGAACAAGCUUCUCAGCAGUGGGAAUAGAUACCUCAUUCGAUCUGAUGAUAUGAUAGAAACAGUUUACAAUGACAGAGGAGAAAUCGUUAAAACCAAAGAACGUCGGAUCUUCAUGUUAAAUGACGUGCUAAUGUGUGCUACAGUUAGUGCACGGUACAAAGUUUACACGGGACCAGGGCAACUGUACCAAGAUUUGCAAAACUUGUUGCAUGACUUGAAUGUAAUUGGUCAAAUCACUCAACUGAUAGGAAACCUUAAAGGAAACUAUCAGAACUUAAACCAAUCUGUAGCCCAUGAUUGGACAUCAGGUUUACAAAGACUUAUUUUGAAGAAAGAAGAAGAAAUAAGAGCUGCUGAUUGCUGUAGAAUCCAGUUACAGCUUCCGGGGAAGCAGGACAAGUCUGGGCGACCUACUUUCUUUACAGCUGUGUUUAAUACAUUUACCCCUGCCAUCAAGCAGUCUUGGAUCAACAACUUGCAGAUGGCUAAGCUCGCCCUUGAGGAGGACAACCAUAUGGGUUGGUUCUGCGUAGAAGAUGACGGGAAUCAAAUUAAAAAAGACAAACAUCCCCUCCUUGUUCGAUACAUGCCCGUGAUGGUGGCCAAGCAGCAAGAGUUUAAGAUUGAAUGUGCUGCUUAUAAUCCUGAACUUUACCUAAAUAAUGAGAACCAACCGGAUUCAUUCUCCAUGGCGCAUGGGUUCCUGUGGAUCGGAAGUUGUACCAAUCAAAUGGGUCAAAUCGCCAUCAUCUCAUUUCAAAAUUCCAACCCCAAAGUUAUUGAAUGCUUCAACGUGGAAUCGCGCAUCCUUUGUAUGGUCUACAUUCCAGUGGAAGAGAAACCAAAAGAGCCCGACGCAACCUCUGAUUCGGAAACUGGAGCUGUGAGAGCUUCAGGGGUCCCCGCCAUUUGUUUAGGGACGGAAGAAGGAAGCAUUUCCAUUUACAAAAGCAGUCAAGGCUCAAAGAAAGUGAGACUCCAACACUUUUUCACUCCGGAGAAAUCUACAGUCAUGAGCUUAGCCUGUACAUCUCAGAAUCUGUAUGCGGGCCUCGUGAAUGGGGCUGUGGCCAUCUACACAAAAGCAGAAGAUGGAUCCUGGAAUUCUGAGCCUCAAAAAGUGAUAAAAUUAGGCGUCCUACCAGUUAGAAGUCUACUGCUGAUGGAAGAUACAUUAUGGGCUGCUUCUGGAGGCCAAGUUUUUAUAAUCAGCAUUGAGACUCGUUCUAUAGAGAAUCAGCUUGAGGCCCACCAAGAAGAAGGCAUGGUGAUCUCUCACAUGGCUGUGGCUGGCGUAGGGAUUUGGAUCGCCUUUACAUCUGGGUCCACACUUCGCCUGUUUCAUACAGAAACACUUAAGCAUCUCCAGGACAUCAGCAUAGCCACCCCUGUUCAUCAUAUGUUACCAGGAAGAGGUAUGGUCUCCUACCACGCACACAAUGGCCCAGUCAAGUUUCUUCUGACAGCUGCGGCUUUACACAAGAAAAGCAAAGACAAGUCCAGAGAUAGCCUGCCCCCCAGUUCUGAACCCCAGGAUGAAGACCAGAAGGACAUGCUGCCGAGCGAGGCACUCAGCUCUUGCCUAAGUCCCAGCAAUCCUGAUGGUGCCGUUUGGUUGGGAGACCCCCUAGGCUCAAUGACCCAAAAGAGUGACUUGUCAUCAUCUUCUGGGUCCCUGACUUUGUCUCAUGGCUCCAGCUCUCUAGAGCACAAGUCAGAGGACAGUAUCAUUUAUGACCUCUUGAAGGAUCCACACAUCUCACAUAAAAGCAAAACACAGCGAUUCAAGAGAGCGAAAGCCAGCUCAGUGCUAGUGGUCUGUGGAGGGCAGGGCCACAGACGGGUGAAUAGGAAGCCCAGGCAGCCACGACAGGACGAACUCGUGUCUUCUGUUAUGGUCUGGCAAAUCCCCCUGUUAAACAUAUGAGUGAAAUGGCACACUCCCUGGGAUCCAGAUUUGCAGUCAAGGAUGACUUUUAAGCUAAAUCAUGCGAUGUAAAUGAUUUAGGCUGUAUCUACACUGGUUGGGGAUAAAUGAAAAACAGUGUUUGGGGAAGAAAUGUGCAAUAUCCUAACGGUGGCUUUCCUGCCAAUUCAUUCCUUCUCUUCCACACAGCAGAGCGGAAUAUAAACACUUUUAAAGAAGGUAGAAGGUUGACGCAACUCUGGAGUAAUUUGACGUUCUGGGAAAAUACCAUACUCUCUUUGAUGGCUGUCGUCCAUACAUAAGUACUAGAUGUUAAACUUUAUCAGCUUUGAAGCUAUGCUUGUAUCAUAUAGCUUAAAGAAUUUGCAAACUAAAAUAUAGCAUAUGCAAUAGUGUAGGAAUUUAUUAACAAUUCUUAAAAUUUUUUUACUUGAUUCAGAUUCAUUUCUUUUAUUUAUAUUCUAUAUUUUAAAAUUUUAGAAUAAAAUUUGUAACAUUUAAGGAAGCCAGUAACAUAUACCAGUCCAGAUGAUGUUAUUUGCUUUCAAAUGUGAGCUGGAUUUUCCAAAGUGGUAUGAUACACAUACUGUAUAUUUUAACAAAGUAGUAUUUUUAUAUUGAAUUUUUUCAAUUAAAAAAAUAACAGCUAAGGUUUUAGGUAAUAUAUUAUCUAUAACAUUUCACAAACAAUGUUUGCUUUGAACCAAAAUGCUCAAUACCUAGUAACAUUUAGACUCAAGCGUCAAUGCCAAAAUAUCCUUCCCUUCUCGUAUUAAAUAGUAUUAAUAUCUAUAUUAGAAAUAUGUAUGUUUUAGUGUUGUAGGAAACGUAUACAAAAAGUCUUGGUCAAUUCUUUUGUGUGUUUCUUGCACCUGUUGACUUUGGAACACUCUGUUUUUGAAUCUACAUUCUGAAUGACUCAUGGUGCUAGUCAGUGUGGAUGUUCCAUUGCUGGCGAUGGGAUGUGGACCAAGAAAACUGACCCUCUGAUCAACACUGUGUAUCAUUUAGAUGUCUCUUCUGCAAAAUGCACAGGUUUGUAUUCUGCAGUUCAGAUAUUCCAUGUUGAGAUAUGUGAGUAAUCAGUGAGUUCCAUUAUGUUCGACACAUAUUUAUAUAUCAAUGUUUU